AUGGAAAAAGCCAAUUGGACCUCCCCAGUCAUGCAGUUCGUUCUCCUGGGACUCUCUGACCACCCAAAGCUGGAGAAAAUUUUCUUUGUGCUGAUCCUGCUGAUGUACCUGGUGAUCCUACUAGGCAAUGGGGUCCUCAUCCUGAUGACCAUCCUUGACUCCCACCUGCACCCGCCCAUGUACUUCUUCCUGAGGAACCGCUCCUUCUUGGAUAUCUGCUACACAACCUCCUCUGUUCCUCUGGUCCUGGACAGCUUCCUGACACCCUGGGAAACCAUCUCCUUCUCAGCCUGUGCAGUGCAGAUGGCUCUUUCCUUUGCCAUGGCAGGAACAGAGUGCCUGCUUCUGAGCGUGAUGGCGUUUGACCGCUACAUGGCCAUCUGUAACCCCCUUAGGUACCCUGUGAUCAUGAGCAAGGCUAUCUAUGUGUAUCUGGCUGCCAGCUUCUGGGCUAUUGGUGGUGCUGCCUCUGUGGUACAUACAUCCUUGACAACUCGGCUGCCCUUCUGUGGGGACAAUGUCAUAAACUACUUCACUUGUGAGAUUUUGGCUGUCCUAAAGUUAGCCUGUGCUGACAUUUCCAUCAAUGUGAUCAGCAUGGGAGUAACAAAUGUGAUCUUCCUGGUGGUCCCAGUUCUGUUCUUCUCUGUCUCCUAUGUGUUCAUCAUUGUAACCAUCUUGAGGAUACCCUCUGCAGAGGGGAAGAAAAAGGCCUUCUCUACCUGCUCUGCCCACCUCACUGUGGUGAUCAUCUUCUAUGGGACCUUAUUUUUUAUGUAUAGAAAGCCCAAGUGUAAGGACCCAGUGAGGGCAGAUAAACAGGACCUUUCAGACAAGCUCAUCUCCCUCUUUUAUGGGGUGGUGACCCCCAUGCUCAACCCCAUCAUCUAUAGUCUAAGGAACAAGGACGUGAAGGCUGCUGCAAAGAACCUGGUGGCUUGGAAGGACUUCAGCCAGUGA